CUAUUAAAUUGUUGACUUGUGUGCUCUUUACCAAUUACUAUAAUUAAACUGCAUGUUAUGAAUGUGAUGAUCUUUACCAAUAAUUAUUGGUUCAUAUGUAAACACUGAGCUGAGCCGGCCAUGGAGUUGAAUGCGAUUGGCAUUAAAAGACAACAGAACUCGCUUCUCUUCGCGUCCCCUCCACUCCCUGUGGAGCAUGUCAUCUACUUCCAAGGAGAUGUACAGAACACUCACAAUGCUAUGACUGCUCAACCACCCGAGGUGGCACAAUGGCAAGAAUGGUGUCUAGAGAAUACUUGUACGAUGCUGCAGUGUUCAUUCCCUGCGGCGGCCGUGUGGAUUGUCAGACCUAGUCGAAUGCUGCGUCAAAUGUUCAGCUGCUUCCACAACUUUGUCCAGUCCUCGCUGAUCGGCGUGCCUACCUACAACACGACGUAUGGUUGUCUCCUCCAGUUAGAAGCCUUGCUCAAGGAUGCAAUACAGAAUGCCAUUCGAAAGGGCCACUUGGAGAUGGACGUACAUGCUGCUUUGAAUUUACCUGUGGUGUUGGUGGGUUUCAGCAAAGGCUGUGUCGUCCUCAAUCAGAUAGUACAUGAAUUGGUCAACUAUGUCAUCCCUCGAGGCUUGCAAAGAAGUCGACACUUUAACCUUUCAGUCUCCACUCCAAGUAUGCACUCAGGUCAAAGGUCGGCACAUUCAUCGCCCACCCCCCCUCGUUCUACCCGAUGGGCCAGCCCCGAAGUUGGAAGACGAACGGGCGAUAGUUCUAAUACUGAGAGACAACGGGACAGCACUAGAGACAGUACCGAGAGGCUGAAAGGGCAACAUAGCUUACCAGAGCUAUCGGUAGAGGAAGCAUCAGGUAACGGUAGACCACGAUCAGCUGAUUCUCGUUCACGACUGAGUUCAACCUCAUCAACACGAAGUGAACGCGGGGCUACUCCGGAGAGGGCUCUUCUGCAACCGUAUAGAAGCAGUAGUUUUGGAGCGCCUGCCAGCAAGCACAUUCUUAAACCAACAGAGACUGAUGUACGUAAUAUAACGAUGUUUCUACGACGACUGAAAGGGCUGUACUGGUUGGACGCUGGUCAUUCUGGUGGACAUGGUGCGUGGGUAACUGACAGUGAACUAUUGAGCAUGCUCGCUGGACUGGGUGUGACUGUGUGGGUGCAUGUGACCCCCCAGCAAGUUAGAGACCCACACAGAGUGUGGAUAGGAGAGGAGCAGAGAGAGUUUGUCGAUAAAUUGAGAGGAUUUGGAGCUACUGUUCACGAGACAAUGCAUUUUGAGAAUGAAGAACGAUCUUUAGAUAAUCACUUUCGAGUCCUCACUAAAUUGUAAAUAAGCAUGAUUCAAUCUCUUAAACUUAUUAUAUACAAUGUACUUGUUUUGCAACUGUUACAGUAUACAAUGUAUGUCUUGUUUUCAUAUUACAAAAUUAUUAAAAGUCA